AGAACUUUAUAUUGGUCGCAAGAACCCGCGUUUGUCUCAACGCACCUAGUCUGUGCGGCUAACGUUUCAUUUGCGCGGUCACCUCUGCCCCGGAAGUGAUAGUUAUGACGCGUCCGAGCUAACGUUAGCUUUCUCAAGCGGAAUGUCGCUAUCUGAAUCGAUCACUUCGUAGGUGUGUAACUAAUUGUUCGUCAUUCAAAGUUUCUAAUGCCACCUCUACUGUCACCGUUUGCCAUUUUAUAGACACGUGAUCAAUGACGGCUUUGGUCAGCCAUGUCUGUCGUCUCAUGGAAGGAGAUUUUACUUUUGACUGGACUGGUGGUGGGAUGUUACUGGAACAGCGUGUCGUGCGGCUUUGUGUUUGACGAUGUCUCCGCAAUCCUCGACAACAAGGACCUACGGCCCUCAACCCCUCUGCGCAACCUGUUCCUCAAUGACUUCUGGGGAACACCUAUGGCGGAGGAGAGGAGCCACAAGUCUUACCGGCCGCUGACGGUACUCACCUUCCGACUGAACUACCUCUUCAGUGAGCUGACCGCAGCUUCCUACCAUCUGCUCAACGUUGUGUUGCACGCCGUGGUGUGUGUGCUUUUCCUGCGUGUCGGCCGGCUGUUCCUGGACAAGACCUCCAGCUUGGUGGCGGCGUUGCUGUUUGCUGUGCACCCCAUCCACACUGAAGCCGUCACAGGUGUCGUUGGCAGAGCAGAACUUCUCUCCUCAAUCUUCCUCCUGGCUGCUUUCCUGUCUUACACCAAAUCAACCGGUGCCGACCGCUCCAUCGUCUGGGCCCCCAUCACGCUGACGGUGGCCCUCGUGGCGGCAGCAACGCUUUGUAAGGAGCAGGGAAUCACCGUCAUCGGCAUCUGCUGUGUCCACGAGGUGUUCGUCGCUCAGGGGUUCACCCUGCCCAUGCUGCUGGACACGCUGCGGCGCUUCCUGCAGGGCAAAGGCGGUUUCCCGUAUGCCGUCCUGCAAACUCUACUGAAGCUCAUUGUCCUGGUCAUCAGCACCCUGCUGCUCGUCAUCGUCAGGGUGCAGGUCAUCCAGUCCCAGCUUCCAGUCUUCACCAGAUUUGAUAACCCGGCAGCCGUCAGCCACACUCCCACCAGGCAGCUGACUUUCAACUACCUGCUGCCGGUGAAUGCGUGGCUGCUGCUGAACCCGUCGGAGCUCUGCUGCGACUGGACUAUGGGCACCAUCCCUCUGGUGGAGUCCCUCCUGGACCUGCGUAACCUGGCCACCCUGGUGUUCUACGCCUCUCUGGGCCUGCUGGCUUACCACAGCUUGCGCUACCGACACAGCUCGGCCAGGACCGUCAUCAUGGCCCUGUCUCUGAUGGUCCUGCCUUUCAUCCCCGCCUCCAACCUCUUCUUCCCGGUGGGCUUCGUGGUGGCGGAGAGGGUCCUCUACGUGCCCAGCAUGGGCUUCUGUGUCCUCGUCGCACAUGGAUUCCGGAUCGUUUCGCACAAAGGACACUUGAAGAAGAUUUCCUGGUUGGUAAUCGGUGUGCUUUUGACUACACACGCAGUGAAGACUUUCAAAAGAAACUGGGACUGGGAGUCAGAAUAUACUCUGUUCACCUCCGCCCUGAAGGUCAACAAGAACAACGCCAAGUUGUGGAAUAACGUCGGCCACGCUCUGGAGAACCAGAACGACUAUGCCAAGGCGCUGCAGUAUUUCCUCCAGGCCACCCGCGUCCAGCCCGAUGACAUUGGAGCCCACAUGAAUGUUGGGAGAACCUACAAGAACUUGAACAAGUCCAAAGAGGCAGAAGAUGCCUACCUGGUGGCUAAGUCCCUGAUGCCUCAGGUGAUUCCUGGGAAGAAGUACGCAACGCGCGUGGCGCCGAACCAUCUCAAUGUUUACAUCAACCUGGCCAAUCUGAUCCGGGCCAACGAGUCGAGGCUGGAGGAGGCCGACCAGCUCUACCGACAAGCCAUCAGCAUGAGGCCGGACUUCAAACAGGCCUACAUCAGCAGAGGGGAGCUGCUCCUAAAGAUGAACAAGCUCACGGAAGCCCGCGACGCCUACCUGCGGGCGCUGGAGCUGGACCGCACCAACGCCGACCUGUGGUACAACCUGGCCAUCGUCAACAUCGAGAUGAAGGACCCCCCCGAGGCCCUGAGGAACUUCAACCACGCCCUGGAGCUCAACCCGCGCCACAAGCUGGCGCUCUUCAACUCGGCGCUUCUCAUGCAGGAGUCUGGCGACCCGAAGUUCUGGCCCGAGGCCAACCGCCGCUUCCUGAUCUACGUGGAGGAGGAGCCCGGCGACGCCAACGGCUACUUCAACCUGGGCAUGCUGGCCAUGGACGCCAGCGAGAACGCGGCGGCCGAGCGCUGGAUGCGGCGGGCCAUCGCCCUGCAGGCGGGCUUCCGCAGCGCCCUGUUCAACCUGGCGCUGCUCUACUCGCAGUCCAAGCGCGAGUCGGACGCGCUGCCGGCGCUGGACGAGCUGCUGCGACACCACCCGGAGCACGUCAAGGGCCUGAUCCUCAAGGGGGACAUCCUCAUGAACCACAAGAAGGACACGCGCGGCGCCAAGGCCUGCUUCGAGCGCAUCGUGCGCAUGGACCCCACCAACGUGCAGGGCAAGCACAACCUGUGCGUGGUGUACUUCGAGGAGCGCGACCUGCCGCGCGCCGCCGCCUGCCUGGAGGAGACGCUGGCGAUGGCGCCCAACGAGGAGUACGUGCGCCGCCACCUGAGCAUCGUGCGCGGCAAAAUGGCCGCCAUGAGCGCGGCGGGCGAACCGCUGGCGUCCGGAGGGGGCGGAGCCGGCGGCAAGGAGGAGGAGGAGGAGGAAGCGCCGGGGAGGGUGGCCGGGGUUGCGGAGGAAGGGAGGGGCGAGAAGAAUGUGCGGACAUCCUCGGCGGAAAGCCUGGGCGGCGUGGAGCAGCCUAAGAGCACAGAGGAGGUGAGCGACAUAGAGAAGAAGAGGGCCGCCGCCCUCAGGAGGCUGGAGGAGAUCGAACGCAUACUGAGUGGAGACUGACUUCACUGCUUUCAUACAGCUGCACAUCAAAAACAUUUCAGACUUCUUAUUGAUUUAUUGGCUGCAGAGCAGAAGCAUCACGUCAUUUGACACCAAUCAUCUAAAACAAAGGGACAGUUUUGAAAACACUUACUAACAAUAAGCACAAAGGCCGUUUUGGUGAUUUUCCAUUUAAAGCAUCCGACGGGUUUUCCCACAUCGCAGAGCUCCAGUAGAAAUAUAUUUGUUUUUCUUUAUGUAGUCAUUGUUUAUCACUGGAUUUUUCUUUCCACUCACUCCUUUUGUGUUAUUUAACAAACAAACAAAAGAAAAACAGAUGGACAGAUGAAUGGGGGGGGGGGGGGGGGGGACAAUUAAAGGAAAUUCCACAGAGUGAUUUCUGCACAGUGCGAGCCUCAAAAUAAGCCUCCACACUACGUCACCUCCAGGCUCGCAUUCCGUUGCAUCUUCUAAUCUUUAUUGAUCUCAUGCGGGCAUUUCCUGCAGACUCUUCUAUAGACUCCCCCGCCCCCCCCCCCCCCCCUCAGUAAUAGUGUUGCUAAAAUAAAUACUCCACCCACACACUGCUCCGCCCGGAGGCUCCGCCCAUUUAAUCGGUCAACAGUGACGCACGCUCAUCUCCCACGUCGGGCUUCAUCAUGUGUUCCUUCAACUUUACGUUGUGUGGGGGGGGCUUUUCACGGCACAUUUGCUGGAAACAGAUCUUUCCAUUCAUCCGGCUCCACGGCGGCGAUGUCGCACGAUAAAAGAGCACCGCAGCGUUUUCCUCUUUGCGUUUACUUUGUCUCCCGUUCUUCUUCCCGCCGUGAUGUUCGACUGGAGACCUCCUGGAGAGGCACAUAGCUGACCAACAACCCCCCCCACACACACACCCUCCCUCCCUCCCUCCCUCUCCUCACUGCACAAAUCAUUUCCAGCACACGAGCCCCGGUGGUCGUGAGGCCGACUCUCCGCCAGAAAGUCCAAUCAAUCACGCCCGCUGCGAAGCAAAUGGAGUUCAGGCCGCGGCUCCUCGAGGGACGGCGUGCGCCGGGACGUUGCCGCUCCGCUGCCUCGCAGUGCAAUAAAACUCUUCUGGGCCAUAGUUGAAGGUCGUAGGUCGGCCCGAGCCCUGCUACGCAUCCUGACGCUCUGUGUGCAUAUAUCUACGCCGUUAUUUAUUAUCUUUACAUGCGUUUCAAAUGCUGUUUAUUUUGUUAUCGGUCAUGUGUUCUGUCACUUGUAAACAGUAAUAACCAACAGAUCCUCGUCAGUGUUCCACAUGUACGACAAGUGACUAAAGUGUGCCCUUUCACGAGGAAACAUCCUGAUUUACCUCAUUUUGUGUGGCUGAUCUUUCUGCUAUGGCCCGGUGGGGGUGGUGUUGGUCGUUUUGGUUAAUAAAUAAAGUGAGAUGACGACU